UAAUGAAAUCGAUAGCUCGGAUUACACCAUGACGAAACAUAUUAUACAGCAUGCCGCAGUAACGCAUUUUAAUAAAACACAGGAUUUAUCGUCAUUAUCGUUAUUAAGCUUUAACGAAACAGUAACGAAAACACAACUAAACGGAAAUAGUGGUACCGAUAAUAGUGCUGCCACAGCAGCUGGUGCCGGUGCCGGUAACAAGUUGCAACACACUGGCAAUGGCAGUGCAACUUUUCAACAUAUUGGCUCGCAAAAAAUCGCUUUAAAGUCAACUACUGCAACAACUGCAAUAACAUUGAAUAAAAGCGGCAGCAGCAGCACCACCACUGGAGGUAGCAAUGCCACUGCAAGUAGUAAAUCUAUAACAAGAAAUUCGGCGAAAAAAAUCGAAAGCAAAUACAUACUUCCAAAGCCACAAAAAACGGAUGCACCAAUGCUUAACUACAUUUUCGAUACGUUCUCGUCGGCGAAUAAGCAUCAUCAUCAUGAUCAAAGAUAUGGACCACAUUUCGAGGACGUGCAGCGAGUGGGACAGCCAACGAAUAUGACGGUGCAAGCGGGUAGCAGUAUACAUUUGAAUUGCAGAAUCUCAUUGCUGCAGGAUAAGACUGUCUCCUGGGUGCGUCGCAAUGCACAAGGUGAAAACGCGCUGGAUUUAUUGACUGUCGGCUUACACACCUAUACCGGUGACAAACGCUACAAAAUGGAGUUUCAGUAUCCAAACAAUUGGCGUUUGAAAAUCACAAAUGUGAAAAAGGACGACGAGGCCAUGUACGAAUGCCAGAUCUCAACACAUCCGCCGCGUGUGAUACAAAUUAAUUUGCAUGUUAAUGCGCCCAAAGUGAUGAUUGUGGAUGAAUUCGGCGAUCCACUACAAGAAAAAUACUAUGAAAUCGAUUCAACAUUACAAUUGUCCUGUGUGGUGCGUAAUGUAGCGAUGGCCACAUCCGUGGUCUACUGGAAGCAUGGUGAAGAUGUACUUAAUUACGAUGUAACACGUGGCGGUGUCAGUGUUAAAACGGAAUUGAAGGAUGAUGGUGCCAAUUCUACAUUGUCCAUAGCGAAAAUCAAUAAAGCCGAUUCGGGAAAUUAUACUUGCUCAAUUAGUGAUUUUCAAAACUUCACCAUCGUAGUGCACAUUUUAAAUGGUGAAAGUUUCGCCGAACUGCACCAUGGCGGCGCUGCUCAAAUUUCUGCAACUUUCUUUCACACGUUAGCAAUUAAUUUAAUAUUAUUAUUAACUUUAUUUUUAUACUUGCCUGCAUUUGUUAAUAGGUAAAAGUUAGCUCAUUAAAUUAGUUGAAAUUUUAGUCAACAGAAUAGUUAACUUUAGUUAUUUUA